UUUGCUUCUGCGGUAAUGCUGAUACAACGAUUGACAACGUUCUUCCUAGUAUCAUUCAAGUUCUCAAAUGCAGGUACCGUAUUUUCAUUUCAAAUUACAAAAUAUCUCGGAGGUAUCCCUGUACCAGGUCGGUCUGUACCAGCUUUACGAAUUUUUGAGCUCUAUGCAAAAUCCUGCGAGCCGAAUGACCGUAAUGUAGAUGCAAACAAUCUUGCCAGUAACUUAUACAAUUCGUUGUAUAUGGCAGCUGGUGAUACGGACGUAACGAAAUUGAUGGGUAAAUGGUUUUUGGUAAUUGAUACGCCGGGCAUCCAUCAUGAGCGCUGUCCCAUAUUUUACUUUAAAUUAUUAGACAAAACACUCUUCACGGCUACAUUCACAGUACGUCAAUACUCACGAAACUCAGAGCAUCUGCAGAUUUUAGAAGGAUAUGGGAGGAAAAUUGGACCUGAUCCAGCAGAACUGCUGAUCAACAUCGGACAUGUGUUAGACCCAUGUCCCUUUGUACGAAAUGGACCUGUUAAUACUAAUGAUCAGUAUGAUUAUGUGAUACUUACGCAGCCACUCAAAUAUCCAACUGUAGUACUUGCACGGGAUCCACUAGAUUUUAAUAGAAAAUAUAGGAAACAAGUGGAAGCAUUUUUGGAGAAAGAAAAUUUUUGGAAUCCUUCAGCUCCAAGGAGGAAUAACCUUUAUUUUGUUAACACUACAAAUUGUUUCACAACAAAUCAGUACAAUAUUGGGUUCUAA